AUGUCGAACGGAAAGACACACACCAAAAUCGCUGGAGCUCCAGACUACGACGAUCCCAUUUUCUGGGAUCAGAAGUUUGCAACCGGCCGAGAUGUGGGCGAAUGGUUGAAUUCAGGAGAGAAUCUCGUCCAGGCCGUUCUGUCCGACUUAGACAACCGAUCAUUUGUCCAAGAACAUGCCCCUCGAGUGUUACAUCUGGGACCCGGAAUCUCGAAACUAGGGGCAAAGCUUCGCGAUGCAUUCGUGGACCGCAACUGGAAGGGCUCCGGCAUUGUGAAUGUGGAUUUUUCCUCCGAAGCCGUCCGCCUUGGCCAGGAGAUCGAGCGCAAACAAGACCCGUCGCAUGCGAUGCACUGGCUACGUGCUGACCUUCGGUCAUGGAACGAUAUGUCGAGCUUGGCCCCGUGGGCACCCUUUGAUAUAGUCCUCGAUAAAAGCACCACCGAUGCCCUCGCAACCUCCACAUCCGCAACGUUCUCGCCGACCUCUAUAUUACAAGACAUUUGCCCCAUGGUGCGCGACGUUGUGAAUACCCUGGGAGAAACAACGCUAUCCCCGGUUGAGCUAUUGGCGCUACAUCUCGUCCCAUUGACCAGCGAGGGAACGAUGUGGUUUACCCUAUCGUACUCAACCGUGCGAUUUGAUAACCUUCCACGACUAGCGAAACAUUGGGAUCUCGUUUCCCGUGCCCCGCUCAAGGCGCCUCAAGGUCAGACUUCUACAUUUGCGUAUACCCCUGAGGUUUUCCAUUGGCUAUAUAUACUCAAGCGGAAAUGACUCCAUCGUCACGCCGAGAUAACUGCUUAACAAGCAUAGGACUAGCAUGAAUUGGACGGGGUUCAAUCAAAGGUAAUCUUGGCACUGUACGCUUGUUGUACCUUGCGACAAUUGUGAUGAAUGCCACCCUAGCAAUGGUCACAGAUCGAUUGACUCUGUCGGCAACAAGGUCUU